AUGGCACCGCUUCCAAUCACGUUCGCAUCGGGCUUGUAUGACCGUAUGAUCCCGCUCGCCACGGGCGAGGUGCGUCCGAUUGGUAUCGACCUCAAUUUCCUAGAGUUAGACCAUCCUCGGGAUGUCUUUGAUCGCAUGGUUUCAACCAAAGACUUCGACUGUUCCGAGCUGUCAGCAUCGGAAUACAUCACCAUGUACGCCGCAGGAAAAAGGGACUUCAUCGCCAUCCCGGUCUUCCCUUCGCGGGCCUUUCGUCAUAGCUUCAUCGCCGUGAAUGGUGAUCGGAUCAAGUCGCCCAGCGACCUGAAUGGAAAGCGCAUUGGCGUCCAGCACUACACCAUGACCGCUGCGGUGUGGCAGAGGGGCUUGCUACAGCAUGAGUACGGCGUAGACCUCAGUACCAUAGAAUGGGUAGAAGGCAAGAUGGAAGGGCCAGGGUCGCACGGCAAGCCGUCUAGCCUUCCAGCCCUGAAGCCGGUCAGGAUCACACAAAACAGCAAUCCUGAGAAAUCGCUAAGCGACCUCCUCCGCGACGGCGAGAUAGACGCGACCAUCGGGGCCGAUCCGCCAGAGUGCCUGGGCAGGUCGCCGCACAUCAGGCGGCUGUUUCCGGACUUCAAGCAGGUUGAGAAGGACUACUUCAAGCGCACCGGGAUAUUCCCAAUCAUGCACCUUGUCGCCAUCAGGCGGGAGCUGUAUGAGAAGGACAGGUGGAUGGCGACGAACUUGUUUGAGGCGCUGGACGACAGCAAGGAACUGGCGAGGAAGAGGAUGCUGACGACGAGCGCCCUGAGGUAUAUGCUUCCGUGGCUGCCCGAGGCAAUCGAUGAUAUCCGGGAGACCUUUGGCGAGGACUGCUGGCCCUACGGGCUGGAGGCGAACAGAAAGACCCUCGAGGCUCUGGUCACGUAUCUGGAGGAACAGUCAAUGAUUGACCGGAAGAUACCCAUUGAAGAGCUGUUUGCGCCUGUAAGGCCUGCCAACUUUAGGACCAGAUAG